AUGCCACAGCUGUUGGCAGCAGCAUCAUCAUCCUCAUCACGUUACGAUUUCUUUGCGCGCACCGGCGACAAUCUGGUGCGUUUGCCCUUCUUUGGCGGCGGCGUCGCCCAGCUGCUGCGCUACCUGCGCCCCAUGGAGCUGGCGGGCGGCAUUGAACGCCGCUCGGCGCUGCGCAUGGCGCUGGACGAGAACUACGUGAGCUAUCGGGGCGCUCAACUCUGGAAGCUCAACUUCAAUGGCACACGCAAACGCGGCGAUAGCUCACCGGAUGCCCAGUUCAAUCAAUUCGUGGAAGACUUUGGUGAUCGUGGCAGUGCCCAGUUAUUAGUGUGGCGCAGCGUCCCGAUGCCGGCUCUCGCGGCCCUGCCCGAGCUGUGGACGCUGAACAGCAGCGAGCUGUACGAGGCGACGUUUGAGAGUCUGCAGUGGCUGUCGCCAACCGAUCUGAGACGCUUCGAUUUCCUCUCGCCGGGCUCAACGUAUCAGAUCAAUCGACGCUAUCGCAAUGAUGCAUCCGUGCGUCGCUACUACGGCCAUCAGCUGUGGAAGCUGCAUGAGACGCGUCUCGGCCAGCCGAAGCUGCGGGCAUUUUUGCGGCGCUUUGGCAGCGAGGUGUGGAACAUCAAUCAGGAUGGCAUCGAUAUAAUCAUCGAGCACAAGAAUGUGGCGGCCGCACAGCAGUACAUGGAGCAGACUGCCUUCAGCUAUAAUAUCAUGAUCGAUGACAUCGAGACGGCCAUCGAUGAGACCUACACGGAGGUCAACGAGGCGGAUACCGAUAACACGCUGGCUAACUACUCGCUGCCCUGGCUAAACCGAGAGGGUGCACUGCUCACCUGGCGAAGGUACCACGAUCAGGGCGAUAUGCAGCAGUUUCUUCAGAAUAUAUUGGAAACGCAUUCCGAGCUGGCAGAGAUCGUGCAAAUUGGUCUCACACGCAACAAGCGCCCACUGGAGGUGCUCAGAAUCUCGAAUGGCAAUUCGAAUAAUUGGGCCGUUUUUGUGGAUGCCGGAAUGCAGGCGCGCGACUGGCUCAGCCCUGCAGCGCUGACCUAUGCCAUCUCGAAGUUGAGCUGGCUAUGGGAGCAGGGUGAGGCGGAUAAAGCAAUGCGUCACAUCGAUUGGUACUUUCUGCCAUUGGCUAAUCCCGAUGGCUAUCAGUACUCUCGACUCACCGACCGUCUGUGGACCAAGAAUCGCAAUUACGACAGCGCCAGCGGCUGCUAUGGCGUCAACUUGGAUCGCAACUUUGACUAUGGCUGGGGCCAGGCGGGCUCCACAUCGAAUCCGUGCAAGAACCUGUACCACGGCGCGAAAAGCUUCUCCGAGCCGGAGACGCGUGCCAUACGUAACUUUUUGCUCGGCAUGCGCGACUAUUUGGGCGCGUAUGUGUCCUUCGGUGGCUACGGCCAGGCGAUCACCUAUCCCUGGGGCGAUGCUGACUAUGUGACCAGCAAUCAGCGAGAGCUGCGCCACACGGCCCGCCAGGCGAUCCUCAACUUUCGCCGGCUCAACCAUGCCGAGUACAGCAUGGGCAGCAGCUAUCGCCAGAAGCUGGCGCGAUCGGGCAAUGCGGCCGACUGGGUCCAACAGCACAUCGAGCCGCAAUAUGUGUACAAUGUGUUCCUUAAAGAUCAGGGUCGCUAUGGCUACCUGAUGCCGCCGCACUACAUACUCGAGUCCGGGGAGGAGGCCUACGAAUUUCUGAAGACCAUAGCUCAACAGCUGAACUGACAACACGA